UUCCGCUCUCGUGCCUCCAGAGAGGCAGGCUCCCGUAUUCUCAGCCAAUAGCUUUCGCGUCUCUCGGCGGUUUAUGCAAAUCACGCCUCCUCACUACUCUUCCUCCUCCUCCUCCAUCUUGGGAAGGACUCUAGACUGAAAGGCAAACCAUAAAAAAAGAAGCAACCGCCAGUACUGUACUAUUCCAUCAUGAUUGUUUUCCCGCCUGGGUUGACAGAAGAUGAGGAAGCCCUGCAGAAGAAAUUUGCCAAACUCAAGAAAAAGAAAAAGGCCCUCAUGGCCUUAAAAAAGCAACAGGGUUCAACCAGUCAGGCUAUCCAGGGAGGAAUUAAACGAUCCAUCUCAGAUCAACCAGUAGUCGAUACCGCAACAGCCACAGAACAAGCCAAGAUGCUGGUGAAAACGGGGGCCAUCAGUGCUAUCAAAGUUGAGAACAAGAACUCGGGAUUCAAACGCUCUUGGACUCGGAAGGUGAAGCCGAAGGAGACCAAGAAGGGAUCUGCCCCAACUUACCAGCCCUUUCAGCGCAGUGUCUCAGCAGAUGAUGAUUCCCGAGAGGCCCGGCGCCCCCAAAGGAAGUAUCUGUAUGAGAGCUUUGUGAGCCCCAGCGAUUGCCUGCGAGACCCAGAGAAAGAGCCAGAGGAAGGCAGAGAUCCAGACAAAGAAUCUGACCAGAGUGAAAGUCAGCAUGGAUAUGAGAGGGACAGUGACCGGGAUCGUAGCCGGGACAGGAGCAGGGACCGGGACAGAGAUCGAGACAGAGACAGAGACAGAGACCGGGACCGAGAUCGGGGGCGUGAACGAGAACGGGACAGAGAAGGCUUCCGCCGAUCAGAUUCUUACCCUGAGUGGCGUCUCCCCCGCAAAGGGAACACGGUUUACGUGUAUGGAGCAAAUAUGAACGAAGCCAUGUUGACCACGGCUUUCUCGGCCUUCGGGAAGAUCAUUGACCUCUCCGUAGACAGCGUCCGCAACUGUGCUUUUGUGACCUAUGACAAGAUCGAAUCAGCAGAUCAAGCUAUUGCUCAGCUCAACGGUACCGUCGUAGAAGAUGUGAAGCUGACGGUCAGCAUCGCUCGCAAGCAGCCCAUGCUGGAUGUGGCUAUCGGCAACUCCGUGUGGGGAACGUUGGCUGUGAUAAACACCAUCAAUGGUUCUCAUCAGGACAAACGAUCCCAGGUUAUCUACAAAGAGGACAACUUCUGAAGCAGCAUAGGAACCCCACCCUUCCCCAUCCUCUCUUUGCCUUUUCACUUAAAAGAUUCAAAUAAAUAUUAGCUUUUAAAAACUGUUUGAACCAUGCUAAUUCCAGUUUAGGAGUGAGGCUUUGGAAAGUACUCUGUCCUUUUCGGUGUCUUUUAACACAGAUUUGAACCUCAAGGCUUCCCCCACUUGGAAGAUAGGUUGAUUCUAUAAAUAUGGGGGGGGGAGAAAAUAUAGGUGAAAUAUAGAUACUCAGAUUUUUCUAAAUGUGGUUUAGCCACAGAAAAUGAAGUGAUUGUUUUCAUCAGAUGUUUUGCAACUGAAAGAAAGGAAAGUUGAGGCAGCCAAGCUAGAAAGAACACUUAGUUUGAUAACAAAAAGCAAUUUAUUAGCUUCAGAAUUAGCCAAGCAUCCAGCAAAGUUAAUCUAGAAAUAAUACGAUGAGCAUCUGGAUAGAAAAAAAAAACCAGUUUACUUGGAUCCUGUGGUUUAAGCUUAAGUCACAAGAGGAGUGCAAAAAAGACAAAGAGUACUGAAUGAAAAGUAACCUCCCAACCAAAUAAAUGAGAAGUGGCUGUAAAAAUUGAUACAGGUAGUCCUGGAUUUACAACCAUUUGUUUAGUGACCGUUUGAAGUUACAACAGCAUCGAAAAAAGUGACUUAUGACUACUUAUGUCUAUUGCAGCAUCACCUGUCCAAAUUCAGACGUUUGGCAACUGACUCUUAUUUGUGACAGCUAGUGUGUCCUGGGGUCACGUGAUCCCCUUUUUGUGACCUUCUUACAAGCAAAAUCAAUGGGGAAGCCAGAUUCCCUUCCCAACCCUGUCACUAACUUAACAACUGCAGUGAUUCACUUAACGACCGUGGCAAGAAAGGUAAAAUGGGGCAAAACUCACUUAACUGUCUUAGCCACAGUCUUAGCUGUUGCUUAGGAAUAGAAAUUUGGGGCUCGGCUGUGAUCGUAAGUCGAGGACUACCUGCAUAUUUGAAUUUGCUUGGAACGGAGGAAGAAGCAUUGUGCUACAGAAGGACGCAGAAGUGUACGGAGUUACGUUAAUGGGAGUGCAGGAAAAGAUUGUUUAGUGGAGUGACGAGACAGAAGAGACUUGGAAUGAGGAGGAAACUUAAAAACAUAUCAAAAGCGGGAAUGGAAACAAAUGUUAAAUAACGUUUAUGGCAAAGGAAAAUGGAUGAAAAGGAAAAUAAUAGAUCUGAUUACAGUGUGGACAAGUGCUAAGAGGAAAUAGCUGGAGAAAUGUUAUAUGGAUGCAGUUUUGCUUGUGGGGGGAGCUACGUGACUGCAUCUGACAAUUGGAAAAAUCCUAUUAUUCCUGAGACAAAGACAGCGGGCAAUUAGCGUAAAGGGAAGAGGGCGUGGCCUUGAAUUACAGGAGAAAGAGUCUCUACCACUGUAAGGGAUAGGAAAUAAUGUGAGAAAAGGUCUCAGCCAAGCCCCUUGCAACGGUCUCAUGAAGAUAAAGUGAGGGGAGAGGGGAGGUACUUUCAGACUUGCAGGGUUUUAUUUGUUUAAAUGUUCCAAUAAACAUUUCUUAUCUUA